UGUGAGCGCAUCCAGCAGCAGCAGCACAGCUGAGACACCCUGAACAAUUUAUCCCUCCUUUUCUAACCAUAAAAGUGGUCCUGAAAGGUGUCCUGUAAGAGCCAGGAGACUUUGGGCGUUUUCACAUCUAUCCACUGAGUUAGAGCCAGAGGAAGAGAAUCAUGAUCGACCUUAGCCACCUGACGGAGGAGGAGCAGGAGAUGAUCAUGACGGUUUUGAAGAGAGACGCUGAGCUGAAGCGGGCUGAGGAGGACAGAAUCAGAAAACUGGAGCAAGUUCUGGAAAGCGAAUCUCAGUCAGAUGUGAAGCUGAAGUACCUGUCGGGGGAAUGGUUCUAUGAGGCCAAGUCUCAAAGACACAGUGAUAAAAUCCAUGGAUCAGAGAUCAUCCUCGCCUCCAUGAAGCAAGGAAGAGCAACUAGUUUAGACGGAUCUCUUCGAGUUGAUAAAACCAAGACACCCAUCAGCCAUGGCUCAGAUACAGCACCUCCACCGAAACCUGCGAGAUGCUUUGAAUCCUUACAGCAGGAGAUAAAGGACGCAGAAAAGGAAAAUCAAUAUUCAGCAGUUCGUUCUCCCAGAAUGCUCAGGCACAACCCCUUUAAUCGUGCCUCUCUAACUGUUGUUGAACCUCCUGAAAAUAAUCAUGAUAUCACCAGCGCUCUGGAACAACACACACCGGAAUCAGAGGCGAUCACUUCUCAGAAGAAUCAACCGGCGGGGGGGUCCAGUCAGACGUCAGCGGGCUCCAUCACAUCAGAAAGCUCCUCCACAGGUUUCAGGCCCAUACCAAAGAAGAGGACAUUCCUGUCUAGACGCAGCAGCAGUCAGUUACAAAGUAGCAACCAGCAGGGUUUAAACGCUCAGGUAAGGCCUGCUGGGAUUGUUCCUGCUCCAAGAUGGAGGCGCCAGCAGGGAUCCAGCAACUCUAACCAGUCCGACCUGAAGAUUACAGAUGAAAAACCUCAGGAAAGUGUUUAUAUUCAGGAGAUAGAUCCUACUCAGACCUCCACAGCAGCAGAUAGAAAUCAGGAGUCACUGUGUGCUGCAUCUCAGGUUCAUCCUUUCUCAAGUCUGGAGAGAGACCAGAGAGUUGCUUCUAAUACAAGAGAUCGAACCGCUGCAAACACCAGGACUGAUGUGACCUCUGACAGCAAAAUGACACAGUGGGCUGGAACACAAGACGACCAAAGGAGCCAUCCAGUCGUAAACAUUUCACAUUUGUCAAGCAGUAACAUUCAGGACAGAGACACCAGCAGCAGCCUGGGAACAGGAGGACAACAGGAGGAGAUGAGUUUACCUGCAAACACAGAUCCAGUCCCUCCUUUGUUGUACAAUCUCCACUUCAUUGACACAUCCAGCCAGCAAGCUCAGAAGUCUAAUCAGAUAAACAAUUUCAAAUUGUCCGCCCAGACAGCGAGCCCCACUGGUGAAGAGGAAGACUCCAUCGCAAAGGUCCUUGACUGGUUCAACCGCAGCACUGACAGCAACGACUGGCUGAACUCCAAAGACACUCAAAAGUCCACCAAGAGAUUUGAUAAAAAAAUAUCUGUGAAAAAAUCAGGAGAGGAAGAGUUGUUUCAAAAAGGUGAACGAGAGGGGGAUAGCUCUGAAAUGAAACGGAACCCAUUGCAUAUAAACACCACUGAAGACAACAGAAAAGGAAGCAAUGAUAUGUUUGAUAAUCAAGAUCUUGAUUAUCACAACAUUAGAGAUGUUUGUGAUGAAAGCCAAACAAUGAACAUUUCUCAUUUAAAAUCCUUUUGGGAAAAAAGCAACUCAGGCCCUAAGGUACUUAUCAGCCAAACUGUGACACCUUGUGAAAAAGCAGAAGUAAACCCUGCAGAGGUUUUUGCAAAUAAAGAGUCUAAUAUACACUUUGUUCCGGGAAAGUACAGUGAACGUGAGAUGUAUAAUAAGUGCACCCUAAAUCCAAGUGAAGAAAGAGAUCAACAGCCAGUGAACAGCCACAAAAUACUAACGGCAGACCAUGUUACCUCGGAGCCACAAGAAAAAUACAAAAACAACUCAUCUCAUUCAAAGUUAUCAUCCAGUCUUCAAACUGCCAAUAGAAGAGCUUUGGAUGGGGAAGCUUUAUGUAUAACUAGAAUAAACGCAACAGAGAGGGCAGUUAUAGAUCCAGAGUUUCAGAAUGAACCUGUGCUCAAAUCAAAGCUACAAGCCGACAGAAUUUCAGGAUCUAAAGAAACUUUACUUCAAGACCCUUUUUCAAAGACCGCCCCUACCUCUCAGCUGAAUGCAGAACCCCCAGUAAGGAUUGGCUUUGAUGCAGAAAAGCUGGGUUUGUCCAGAAAUGGUUUAUUCAUGGAUGAGAGUGAAGAGAACCUCACAACAAAAGCCAAACUUUACCAAGAUUUGGAUGAUGAUGUGAAGAGCAGAGAUAUUGAGGAUAGAAAUUUGCACUCAGGCUUGUCCCCCAAAAGAAAAGAAGAUGCAGCUAACAAGGACAGAACCAGCAGUUCAUAUUCAAAUAGGCAGCCGUCACAACACCAAGAAAGCACAGCAGAGAGAAUAAAGCAGCUGAAAUCCUUCUGGGAGCAAGAGCUUAAUAAGCCAAUAUUUUACACUGGUAAACCUAAAACUCCCGGAGAGGGAAAAGUCUCUCGCAGAGGAAAUCAGGGAAAACUGACUAAAAGAUUCACAAAGUCAGAGUUUGAUUUGAGAUCAAUUGGAAACGAUUCAGGAAGCGACGAAGAUGGCAGUAACAAGAACGACCUACCUUUGAAUCAGAGGUUAGAUAAGAUGAAUCCAAGUCUUGGAACCAGUCGCGCCCAGUUUAACUUUUUACGGGAUUUCUGGGAUGAGGCUACCUCUGACUCCAGGGUGUCGUUAACCUUUGAUAAACCCAAAAGCCCCAAAAAGAAAGAGCCCCUCCGUGCUCAGCUUUCAUCCCAGGAGUUAAAGUUCUCAGAUCCAGAGAUUUGUCGCAUAAAUCCUACUCAUGAGAAAACAAGAGGAGCCAUCAUGAUGUCGUCUCCUUCUCCUCAGAGCCGGUCAAAGUCUUCACACGAUAAACAGACAGGAUCUGGUUCAAAGUUACAGAGUGACAACAAAAGUAACUUGCCUCUUUACCAGUCGACUGAGUCAGGGCAGCUGAAACAGACUAAAAGGAGCACAAAGGACUUCAGUAGAGAAGAGAAGUCCACAAAGCUACAAAGCAGUGCAUCUAAAGAGAUUCGAUCUCCAAAAAUCAGAAAAGAUAGCUUCAGCAUUUCCAGCAGUCGUGGAAGUUCUCUGCGCCGGGCAACAAGCAUGUUUGCACUGAGUGUAGAGGAAGAAAAAGAUCCAAACAAACUUAGAAUAGACAUAAGCCCCUUGCGGUCUCAGAGCAGAAAGCACAAGCAGCUGGAACCAGAGUUUGUGAUUCCUCGAGCGCGGGCGUUUGUUCCAACAGACUACCGACACUAUCUGGGAAUGACUGACAAGACCAGCGUUCACACCACGCUCGCACCAGCAUUAAACAAUGAGGGCCCAGACGUCAAGUCUGCGUACGGUCUUGAUCUGAGCGGACCAGUAAGAGCCAGCACUCCGAUAGCCUCAGAGGAGCGCCAUGCCAGGAAGACAAACAAGCCAAGCCAGCGGCCAGUGUGGGCAAACCACAGCAGCUCAGACACGGGCCCAGAGUCUUCGGUCAGCAGCACAUCAGAAACGUGGUCAAACGCCAGGAACGGUUCAAAUCGGGGGAAUGAGGAAGACGAGCAAAAUCCAGUGAGAAAGGCACUGCGGCGAGCAGAGGCACGGCCUAAAAAUCUUGCUAAAAGCAUGGAGGACAUCACUGCGUCUGCAGCACCACGGCAAGACAGAAGAACGGAUCUAGCCGAUGAUCAGUGGCGCAGCAGUGAAGUUUCAGCCAUCUCUUCGCCUUCCUCAUCAUCUUUUUCGGAUCCGGACCACUUAAAGAAGAUGAGCAAGUCUGUUCCCUCGUUCUUACAGAAGGAGGACCAUAGCACUGACUCUGACUCCUUUGAGCGUAGUAGCCCUCUGGACAGACUAACAGCUGGCAGCUCAGGGACUCUUCUGAGCAGCUCCUCUGGCAUGACGUCUGUGUCUUCUCUGAGCGGAAGUGUGAUGACCAUGUACAGUGGAGAUUUUGUGGAGGUUCAGGGAACCAUCCAGUUUUCCAUCAACUACGUCCAAAGGCUCCGGGAGUUUCACAUCUUUGUAGCUGAGUGCCGCGACCUGGCUGCCGUGGACCCAAAGAGGAACCGCUCUGAUCCGUAUGUCAAAAGUUACCUGGUUCCUGACAAAUCCAAUCUUGGAAAGAGGAAAACAUCAGUAAAGAAAAAAACACUAAACCCUACAUUCAAUGAGAUUCUCCGGUAUCGUGUUCGCAUGGAGUACCUCCGAACCCAGACGCUCAUUCUCUCUGUCUGGCAUCACGACACCUUUGGCAAGAACAGCUUCCUGGGUGAGGUGGAUGUGGACCUCUCCAAGUGGGACUUUGACCACACCCAGAUGAAUUACUUAGCGCUGAAGGCUAGGACACUACCUUCUGCUGCACCAUUGAAUGGGCGAGGAGAGAUGAGACUUGCGAUACGCUAUUUGCCACAAGUCACCCACAGUGAAGGUUCGGCAAAAGAAGUUUCCAGCACUGGAGAGAUUCACAUUUGGGUAAAAGAAUGUAAAAACUUGCCUUUAAUCAGAGCCACGAUUGAUCCUUACGUUAAAUGUUUUGUGCUGCCGGACACAAGCAGAAAAAGCCGGCAGAAGACCCGUGUUCUGCGGAGAACUGCAGAGCCGGUCUUUAACCACACCAUGGUCUAUGAUGGCAUCAGUGAGGCGGAUCUUAUGGAGGCUUGUGUGGAGCUCACUGUAUGGGACAGAGACCGGCUCGCAAGCAACCUGCUGGGGGGGCUUAGGCUCGGAUCAGGAACAGGAAGGAGCUAUGGAGCAUUGGUGGAAUGGAUGGAUUCUGGUCCCUAUGAGGUGGCGCUGUGGGACCGCAUGAUGGCUUCUCCCAGUGAAUGGGUGGAGGAUGUGCUGCCGCUGAGAAUCUUAAACUCUGCUAGAACAGCUCUCAAAUAACUGCACCCAACGGCAAGAGGAAGUAUUUAUUUCUACUGAUAAAAAUAUGGUUAAGUUAUUCUUUUAAACGAUGUUUGAGUUGUUGGAGUAUAAGAUGCAGGAAAUAAGAGCAUUCAUUACCCAUCCUAAUAUUCUGAAGUAAGAGUUGAAUGGAAAUUAGAAGCAAACAUCUAUGGCAAAUGAGUGAUAAAACCUGAUAUGGACACUGUUGUUGAGUUUUCAGUGACUUGAGGUGAAGAGUUUUUUCGGUUAAAGUGAAAUAUGGUUAAAUAUGACCUAAUUAAAACACACUGACAUUUAAAGCUUGUAAUUGGACUGCUUAACUUUGAGAAAUCUGUUACACUUAUCUUUGUAUGCAAAGGCAUAUUCACGAUUUUCCUUUUAAGUAUCUGAAGAGGUGGCUUUUCUGCAGGAUGAUGCUCAUAUUUCAGGUGUCAGUGUGCAGCCUAAACCUCUACAGCCACGACCUUCUGUUUGAUAUCUCUGAAAUGCUUAUUUGCCUCGUUUAUAUUUACAUAUGUCUUCUAUAUGUAUGACUCAACCAAGUCCCUGAUAUUGUCUCUCCAGAUUGCAUUUUUAAGUGCUGCAGCCCCUGAUAAAGACACCAAAAGAUGUUAUCCUUUAAUUGAAUCCAUAUAAAUAUAAUCUAAUUUUUAUCAAAAAUUAUUCAUGUUUCUGACCAACGACUAAUCUACAAAAUGUAUCUUUGAUAUGAGCUGCUGGUAAGAAAAGACGUUGUGACUUCAUUUGAAAUCAAAUGAGUUAAGUUUAUGUUAUUUUUUAAUAAAAUACUCUAUGUUAUGUGUUCACAAAUCAGUGUUAUUCCUAAGAUUCCAGCGUUGUUUUUUUUUUGUUACAUUUAUAUUUUUGAAAAAAUAACUGCAACAGAAACGUUUUUGCUUGCUUAUCGAUUCUUAUUAUCUACAUACACAUUUGUCUUGACAAACAGGAAGAAGGAAAGUAAAACUUUCCACCAACAUUGUGUCCAAAACAAGUU